GACUCGGUUUCCCUACGGCCCCGGGAGGCUCGCGGGCCAUUGGCUGAGUGGGGCAGAUCUGGUCCCGCUCCUCCCCGCCUCCAGUGACACAAUAGCAGCUCCCUCCAAGAUGGCGGCGGCGACGGCGGACCUGGGAGCUGGGAGCCCGCAGGCUGGAGACACCUCCGGUGGGGGUGCUGGGGGCGGGCUGCCGUCCCCAGCGGAGCAGGAGCUGAGCCGGCGCCUGCAGCGCCUGUACCCCGCGGUCAACCAGCAAGAGACGCCGCUGCCGCGCUCCUGGAGCCCCAAGGACAAGUACAACUACAUUGGCCUCUCCCAGGGCAACCUCCGCGUCCACUACAAAGGUCAUGGCAAAAAUCACAAAGAUGCAGCCUCGGUGCGUGCCACCCAUCCUAUACCUGCUGCCUGUGGCAUUUAUUACUUUGAGGUGAAGAUUGUCAGCAAAGGAAGAGAUGGGUACAUGGGAAUAGGACUCUCAGCUCAAGGUGUCAACAUGAACAGACUUCCUGGUUGGGACAAACAUUCCUAUGGUUACCAUGGCGAUGAUGGGCAUUCCUUCUGCUCUUCGGGGACUGGCCAGCCUUAUGGUCCCACCUUCACCACAGGAGAUGUAAUUGGCUGCUGUGUCAACCUCAUCAAUGGCACCUGCUUCUACACGAAGAAUGGCCACAGCCUUGGUAUAGCCUUCACAGACCUCCCGGCCAACCUCUACCCCACCGUAGGCCUGCAGACUCCUGGGGAGAUUGUGGAUGCCAACUUUGGGCAACAGCCCUUCCUGUUUGACAUUGAGGACUACAUGCGGGAAUGGCGUGCCAAGGUCCAGGGCACUGUCCACUGCUUCCCCAUCAGUGCCCGGCUUGGCGAGUGGCAGGCAGUGCUGCAGAACAUGGUCUCGUCUUAUCUGGUACACCAUGGGUAUUGUGCCACUGCCACAGCCUUUGCUCGAAUGACUGAAACCCCGAUUCAGGAAGAACAGACAUCCAUAAAGAACAGACAAAAGAUCCAGAAGCUGGUGCUGGAGGGCCGUGUGGGUGAGGCUAUCGAGACCACUCAGCGCUUCUACCCAGGACUGCUGGAGCACAACCCCAACCUGCUCUUCAUGCUCAAGUGCCGACAGUUUGUGGAGAUGGUGAAUGGGACCGACAGUGAGGUCCGCAGCUUGAGCUCCCGAAGCCCCAAGUCCCAGGACAGCUACCCUGGCUCCCCCAGCCUCAGCCCCCGACAUGGCCCCAGUAGUUCCCACAUGCACAACACAGGAGCAGACAGUCCCAGCUGCAGCAAUGGUGUUGCAUCCAUCAAGAGCAAACAGAACCACAGUAAAUACCCAGCACCCAGCUCAUCAUCUUCAUCCUCAUCCUCCUCAUCCUCCUCCUCCCCGUCUUCUGUUAAUUACUCCGAGUCCAACUCAACAGACUCCACCAAGUCCCAGCCCCACAGCAGUACCAGUAAUCAGGAGACCAGUGACAGUGAGAUGGAGAUGGAGGCAGAGCAUUACCCCAAUGGUGUGCUGGAAAGCAUGUCCACACGCAUUGUCAAUGGCGCCUAUAAGCAUGAGGACCUGCAGACAGAUGAAUCCAGCAUGGAUGAUGGGCAUCCACGGCGGCAGCUCUGUGGGGGCAACCAGGCUGCCACAGAAAGGAUUAUCCUGUUUGGCCGAGAGUUGCAGGCUUUAAGUGAACAGCUGGGCCGGGAGUAUGGCAAGAAUUUGGCUCACACAGAGAUGCUGCAGGAUGCCUUCAGCCUGCUGGCAUACUCAGACCCCUGGAGCUGUCCAGUUGGUCAGCAGCUUGACCCCAUCCAGAGGGAACCUGUGUGUGCUGCCCUCAACAGCGCCAUUUUAGAGUCUCAGAACCUGCCAAAGCAGCCCCCUCUAAUGCUCGCCUUGGGCCAGGCAUCUGAGUGUCUACGGCUCAUGGCCCGAGCAGGCCUGGGAUCUUGCUCCUUUGCCAGAGUCGACGACUACUUGCACUAGCUGACUCUACUGGCCAACCCCACCUGGCCCUCCACCGGCCCCAGGGCUGGAGCAGCCCGGCCCUUCAUAGGCACUGGCGCCAGAAUCUGGAAGCCAUGGAUGGAGUCCACUCCUCCCGCCUGGCCUUUCCUCCUUUCCUUCCUUCCCUUCCUUUCUUUUUCCUUUACCUCACUCUCUCUCUCUCUCCCCUUCAUGUGCAGCGGCCUAUGACACAGUAUUGGCUGGUUACUCUCAUGUAGCGCCUUCUACUUUGAAAGGGGGGUUUUGUUUUGAGGAGGGGUUGGGGUUUUUUAAUCUUUUUUUUUCCUCCUGACUGAGCCACCAGUAUUUAUCUCUGGAGAGUUUGUGCUGAGCUGGUUUCUGCUAAUUUAGUGAUGAGGCCUAUCCAAGUUGGUGAUAGCUUAUUAUUUUCAUAAGUAAAAAAAAUGAGAUUAUAUAUAUAAAUAUAUAUAUUAAAAAAAGACACAGUAUUUAUCGUAGUAUUAGUGGUCCAGAACCUCUUGGGUGAGGCUGUUCAGACACCAUAUUUUUAUUUGAGUCCAACUCAUUAAAACAAAAAUCAUCUCUGUCACCUCAGCCAAAUUAUUUGUUUAUUUUGGGCUCCUCUUUUUUUGAGCCACAGGCCCAGCUGUAGCCUAGGGAAACUGAACAGGCUGGGGGCGGGGGGGCACUUAGUGGGCACGGUCUGGCUGAGCUGAUUUGCAGCAUCCCAAGAGGUGUGGGUCCCUAGGCCCCUGAGAGCUGCAUGGAGCAAAGAACUGCAAGGCUGAGGGUCCAGGGAAGUGAUGAGUUGACCCAAGGCCAUACAGCAGAGCAAGGGAGUAGAUGGUCCUUGGCCAGCACUCUCUCUACCACUCUACCCCACCUCUCACUGCCAGCCUUGCUCCUCUUUCUUCCUUUUUCAAUACUUUGCCUUCCCUUCUUUUUAAGAUGGCCAAAUAAUUCAUAUACUCUAAAUUGAUUGCCUGGAAACUACCUGCCUUUGACCCGAGAACUGCUGUGUGUCAGGCUGCCAGGAAGAAGACUCCAUUCCCAGGACAGAGGCCCUUGAGCACAGGGGCUACUUCCUGCCUGGAUCUUUAUCAUCUCUGCACAGCUCUGAGGGAAUUGAUAUUCUAUUGAGAAGCCAGUACCUUGUGGAGGCAGGUUCUUGGGCUGCUGGUCCACAGAGUAGAUGGAACCAUUGGUACCCUAGGCCAGGCUUCACUGCUGAUGUACCAGGCAGCUUCCUGCAACUGGGGCCCAGCCACUCUUAGGAAAGACUGUUAGGAGUACUUGCUGACCAGAGGAUGGGACACCAUGAGUUUUACAGAUGUCCCACCAGCUGUUUCAGAUGGAUCCUCACAGAUGGUAGAGCAAAAAUGGUCCCUCUACCAUGGGAAAUCAACAGAGAAAGGGCUAAGAUGGCUGCCAGGAUUUGGGUGGGCCAUCUGUGGAGAGAACUGACUGCCCUGGAGGAAGAAAAAGAGGAAGCCUAUGUAGAAGACCACCAGGAGGGGCUGAGAUUUUCAUGCCUGUUUCAGUGUGGGGGAGAGCACAAGCAGCCCCUGCAAAAAGUAGGAUUAGCCAUGGCAAGGCCAGAAAUUGAACUUCCAGUCCCUACCUGGAUCUAGGCUGGAUAAGGUCCAAUUACAUGUUAGUGGACAUGGGAAUGGUUGGUAUGGCCUGAGAUACUCAGUGCUCACCCAGGUCUCACUGGGCCCACAGCUGGACGAUAAGAAAGAUUAUUGAGUUGAACCAGCUGCUGGUGAUGGAACCUGGGCCCUGUCCCUGUGCUGUUUCAGAGCUCUGCCUUGGGAGAUGAUCCUAUAGCUGCUUGUUUUUCUUGGUCACUGCCAGGGUCCCAGCUGGCAGACCACAGACCAUGGCCUAUUGGGAAGUGUUCUAACUAAAGGAAAUUUAUCCUGUGCAAGGCCGGGACUACCUAGUUUCCAAAUCCAGAGUUUGGAAAAAUCAGGCUGUUAAAAUGGUCAGAGCCUAGCAGGAUUAGGAAUUAAAACCAGAGGUUUUGCAGCUGGAAUGGGGUUCAGAGAACAUCUUCCCACCAAUCCUCUACUUUUAUAGAUAAGGAAACAGACCAGGAGUUUAAGUGACUUGGCCAAAGUCACACAGCAAAUUUGUAGCAGAGCAGGGUUACUUAUCCCUGUGGGUUGGGCAAUACUCCUUAGUCCGGAAGCUGAAUGGCAGAUGAGCCCAUGAGAGGUUAGAGUGGUGUGGCUUUCAGCAUUAUCUGAGUAGCUGGUACCUUCAGGGGUGUGUCAGGGAUAAGGAUGGGUGCCUGGGCUUGGGUUGUUUAGUGGCUGAGAGAGAACCCAGGAGGGUUCCGCUGCUGUUGGCUGUCUGCCUGGCUUACACUCAGUACGUAUGGCCACCUCCCCAUUUUCUGUGCCUUAUCUCACUGUUUCAGCUGAGUCCAAGUUGUUUACUGUUUCUCUCCAGAGGGGCUCUCUGUCCCAAUGGGAUAGCUCACCUUUGGGACAUAGCCUUUGCCCCACAAGUCGUGGAGAGGGCCAAAACCAAGCUGCUUGAUCCCACUCUCUUGCUGAUAGUCCAGGCCUGCCUGCCAGCCACAGGAGCCCCUUAUGCACACCCAGUCCUACCAGCCUGCUUCCAGGAGCCUAGAGUGGGAAAGGCACCUGGGAGGAGCCCUGGUGAAGGACUGGGCCUGACCCCUGGGGGCAGGAAGAAGACCGUCUCUGUUGGGUUGUCCAGCCCUGGGGAAACAGCCUUCCCUACUCACCUUCCCUUUGUGGCACCCAGUGGUUGCUCCUUGCAGAGUGGAAACUGGCAAAUAAAGAAAGCCAGGACCCCCUUCCCCACCCACAUGGGUCUGUGGCUGUGUGCAGGCUAUGAAAACAGGACACCACAAGACAGAGAAGUGGGGACUGCCUGGCCACCCCACACCUUCCCACCCCUUAAGCACAAAGAAGAUGAGACAGAACUGUCAGAGUUGAAAGUUCCUUUGGUUGCUCACAACUCAGGUAUGCACGCCAUAUGGCAGCCGGGUAGCAGAGCCCUACUUGACCAACAGCUAGUCUCAUGCACCCAGAUCUGUGGCCAGAUUGUGGCCUAUGGCUGCCUCAGGCUGCCUCAGGCAUUCGCCUCUUUGCAUCGGGUUUUCCUCCAUUAGUAACUACAGCUGAAACAGACAUCCUCCACAUUGUGCACACUGGUUCUGCCUUUGUCCUCGAGAGUUGAUACUUGGCAUUAGCAUGAAACUUGUGGGUGUCGGGGGGGGGGGCGUUGAGAGAGAAUUCUAACACAAAACAUCCUAUUAAAAUUGUACUUGAGAGAUGAAAAAACUCCUGUUGUAUUUUGACAGAAUUAUUUUUAUUAAAAUACACAUCCAUAAGCA